AUCGCCGGUGGUACACGGGCACGGCCACAGCAUCACCGUCGUCGACGUCGUCCUCGAGCCGCACGCUACGCAAGCACGCCGCACAGUCAGCCGGCGCCCGAUGAAAGCCGCAACGCUCCUGGCCGCCUUGGCCUGCCUACUCGAGGUCUUGCAUGCAUUCCCGUUCAAUUUCAACAAGAGGAAUUUAGAUUCUCUUGCCAGAACCGGGCAGUUACCAGAAUACAAAAGGUCGCUAGCUUCAUUGGCAAAGAGUGGACAAUUGCCCGAAAAAUUGGUUCAGGAGAAACGGAUGUUGGACGUGUUGGAGCAAGCAAGCGAUGCAAACUCAAAAGCCAUCCAAGAGCAAAGAAAUCGAAUAGUAGAGGAAAUCAAAAAUUUGGCAUUCACUGGGUUAACAAAAAGACAAGCAGCUUCCGAGCCUGAUUUCCGUGACGAAUUUAAAUCGGACUUGAGGAGCAUAUUAGACCAGUUUUUGGAAAAAUUUGGGACAACAUAUGAUCCAGAAAAGGUAGAGCUGUUUUUGACCAACAUGGCCGACGAAGUGUUUGAAAACCAUGGUGUAGUUUCAUUAGACCAUAUCCGAUUCUUGAUUGAGACUGGUUACUUCCAACCAGAAAUGCGCGAAGAAGAUGAUGUAAAACCAGCUGACGGAGAUUCGUCGCCAGACGACUAUAUCGCCAAACGAUUCAUGGCCUCGCUAGCCCGGACUGAUAACAUGCCUUUUUGGUACAACAGCCCGAGGUACGUCGCCAAGCGGUACAUUUCUUCAUUGCUGAGACAAGGAAGAUUGCCUUAUGGAUUCCAACCCACCACGGAGUCGUCGACGAAAAAGCAAGACUGGACCUCACAAGAUGGCCAAAAACCUAAGAGAAGUGACGCGACGUUUCAAAAUAGUGAAGAGUUUAUACCCGUGAUGCAAGGUAGCAAAAGCUUACAGAGUAUUAUCGACGACUUGACACAAGAACCUAUGCAAAAAAGAUACUUGGCAGGGAACGUCGAGAAUACUGAGCGGUCGUUUGAAGAACUCGGGUGGGACCACCAGCAGUCGUCGGCAGCAACAGAACAGGCGCAAACAGACGACGGGAUGAAGGACAAGAGGUAUCUGUUACUGCCGGCCGUGGACAACAUAUUGUUGCGUAGGCAGUACCCUCAUUUAGCGACAAAUAAAAUUUAAUCUAAUACUAAGUUACACGCUUCGCCGACGUAUACAAUAUUAAACGAACGUAAUGUUUUAACGAUAAUACAUAAUAAUAUAUUAAUAUAAUAUAACGUCAUAUUUACCACGUUGUAUCAAACAUAAUAUUCACUAUCCGUCCGGUACGGCGGCUGCACACUGUUAUAAUUCACAAUAAAUUAUCUUCAUGAUAUAAGUAUUAUGAGUUUAUGACGUGUGCACUGUCGGACUCACCGGACGGGUAAGUACAAUAAUCGACAAAACCUUUUUAUUGAAAUUUCUCAAAUUAUAAGACAAUAACUAUGUGUGUUUCUUAAUAAUUAAAUUAUCGUACGUAAAACAUAUAUAAUAAUAAUAAUAAUAAUAUGUAAUGUCUGUGUGUUGACAUACUAUUUAGCUUUUGCCACGUUAAGAAAAAAAAAAGUAUCAACAUUUAAGAAUAGGUACUAGAACAUUACAGUUCUCUAUAUGGCUAUUAUAUUGUAGACGUUUAUCCUCUAUUAUAAUAA